AUGCAGAAACUAACAGAAUCAAGAAAUGACAUUUUGCUUGUUUCCUCUGAUGUGUAUGUGAAUUGCUAUUUCCCUGCACACCUUGUUGCUGUUGAACUGCCCUGCCUGAAACCUGAGCUUGUCAGAAAGAGUACCUUGCAAAGACUGAGCCUGCAUCAAGUAUUUCCUGAAAUCCAAUAUUUUCCUUAUCACCCAAGUAGCAUUUACUGCGAUAUCACAAGUUUCAACAGUGUCAUCCUUCAUAUAGUAUUCAAGUACCCAUUUUAUCCACAAGCAAUCUUUCUUGCAAUUGAUAGCCCAGAUAUUGGAGUAUUUAAAAGAGAAUUUGGAGAAAAUGCCAAGGUCUGGGAUCGUGAAAAGGUAGUUGUCAUACCUGACCACUACAUUUUCACAGCUGAUGAACGAGCAAACCGUAAUGUGGAUACUUUGAGGGACUUCUGCAUUGAGCAAAAUAUUAAGCACUUUUAUGACAUUAAGGACCUUGGAAACUUCCAGGCUAAUCCAGAUUACAAAGGAGUGUGCCACAUUGCUCUUGCCCAAGAAGGUCACUGCAGGCCUGGAGAGGUUCUGGUAGGUACGGACUCACAUACAUGUACUGCGGGAGCAUUCGGGCAAUUUGCAUCUGGAAUUGGCAACACUGAUGCAGGUUUUGUGCUGGGUACAGGAAAGAUUUUACUCAAGGUUCCUCAAACUAUCAGAUUUGUGUUGGAUGGUGAAAUUCCCAAUUACAUUCUAGCUAAGGAUUUGAUUUUGCAAGUUAUUGGUGAAAUUUCUAUGGCUGGUGCAACAUACAAAACAAUGGAGUUUGUUGGUACUGCUGUUGAAAGUUCAACAAUAGAAGACAGAAUGACGUUAUGCAAUAUGGUUAUUGAAGCUGGUGGAAAGAAUGGUGUUAUUCCAGCUGAUAAAACAACAUAUGACUACCUUAAGGACAAGACUACUGCGCAUUAUGAACCUGUUUACAGUGAUGACCAAGCCAGAUUUCUUGUGGAAUACCAUUUUGACACCUCAAAGUUGGAGCCCUUAGUAGCAAAGCCUCAUUCUCCUGAUAAUCGUGCUUUGGCAAGAGAAUGCAAAGAUGUUAAGAUUGACAGAGUAUAUAUUGGAUCUUGUACCGGUGGAAAAACAGAGGACUUCAUGGCUGCUGCCAAAGUUCUUCUAGCAUCUGGAAAAAAGGUCAAAGUUCCAACAUUCCUUGUCCCUGCUACUCAGAAGGUCUGGAUGGAUUUAUAUACUCUCUCUGUCCCAAAAUCCGGUGGCAAAACUUGUUCACAGAUUUUCGAGGAUGCUGGCUGCGAUACACCAGCAAGUCCUAGUUGUGGUGCUUGCAUGGGUGGUCCCAGAGACACUCAUGCUCGGUUGAAUGAACCUCAGGUCUGUGUCUCGACCACAAACAGAAACUUCCCGGGACGAAUGGGACAUAAGGAAGGUCAAAUUUAUCUUGCAUCUCCAUAUACAGCUGCAGCAUCAGCAUUAACUGGUCAUGUUACUGAUCCGCGAGAGUUUCUGCAGUAACAUGCUUGAUUAUUAAUCUUAAAACGCGCUUAAGCUUGAACGUUUUGUAUGUUGUUCACUUGUUUGUAUACCUGUGAAUUUUGUGUUCCAAUGCAGUAAGAUUGACAAAAUACAGGUUUCUCUAGUUCUCUUAGCUGUAGUUACAUUUACGUACUCGUGGAAAGUGAAAAGACGUGCUGAAUUUUGUGAAUCGCUUCAUCUAUAAGAUUAAUGCCUCAAUAUAACUUCUCUAA